UCUGGACUACGUGGCCUCAUUGCUGCUCCGAGCUAAACAGCGGAUCCCUCCCUCCCGCCGGUUGGGUAUCCCACCCGCCGCUUGCGUGCCUUCCGCUAUUAUUUGUCUCGGGUUACUGCGGCGAGCAGGUUUGGUGCGCAAGGAACGGAGGAAGGAAAACAAACGCCAAAAGGAAAAGGAGGCCCGACGGAAGGAAGAUAAGGGAAACGAGAAACCGGAAGAAGACGAGGGAGAGGAGAACCGGGAGGGGAGAUCACGAUGCAGCAGCUCCAGCACCACCAGAGAUCCCCAAUGUCGACGGCGGCUGGGGCGGCGGCGCCGCCGAGGAGGCGGUGCGAGGGCACGGCCAUGGGCGCCAUCACCCUCGACCUCCGCCCCGGCCUCGGCAUCGGGCCCUUCACUCUAGGAAUGCCUAUAUGUGAAGCAUUUGCUCAAAUAGAACAUCAGCCAAACAUCUACGAUGUGGUCCAUGUGAAGUAUCUUGAUGAGCAGGAGCCUCUAAAAUUGGACAUUGUUAUUAGCUUUCCGGACCAUGGUUUCCAUCUUCGUUUUGAUCCUUGGUCACAGAGACUGCGUCUUAUUGAGGUUUACGAUGUCAAACGGUUACAGAUGCGCUAUGCAACUUCUCUGAUUGGUGGUCCUUCUACACCAGCUACAUUUGUAGGAGUGUAUGCACUAUUUGGACCAACAUUUCCUGGAAUCUAUGAUAAAGAUAGAGGAAUAUAUACCCUAUUUUAUCCGGGGUUGUCCUUUGCUUUUCCCAUUCCCAGACAAUAUACAAAUUGCUGCCAUGAUGGCGAAGUGUCAGCAGAGUUGCCUCUUGAAUUUCCUGAUGGAACAACACCAGUUACAUGCCGUGUCUCCGUAUAUGAUAGUUCUUCAGAUAGUAAGGUAGGCGUGGGAUCUUUGAUGGAUAAGGCUUCAGUCCCUCCAUUACCUGCUGGCAGUCUUUACAUGGAAGAGGUGCAUGCUAAGCUUGGAGAAGAACUAUGGUUCACUAUUGGAGGUCAGCAUAUUCCUUUUGGUGCAUCACCACAGGAUGUGUGGACAGAAUUAGGUCGUCCCUGUGGAAUCCAUCAGAAGCAGGUUGAUCAAAUGGUCAUACACUCUGCUUCAGAUCCUCGUCCUCGGACAACCCUUUGUGGGGAUUAUUUCUAUAAUUACUUUUCUCGUGGCCUGGACAUUUUAUUUGAUGGACAGACUCAUAAAAUCAAGAAGUUUGUUUUACACACUAAUUUCCCAGGACAUUCAGACUUCAAUUCCUAUAUGAAAUGCAACUUUGUUAUCUAUGAUGUCGACAUUGAAGGAACCAUUCGUCCUGGAAGUACUCCUAAAUGUUGCAUUACACCUAGCACGAAGUGGGAACAAGUAAAAGAGAUCCUUGGGGAUGGUGGUCGUGCUGCAAUACAAACACAAGGUUCCAUGAACAAUCCUUUUGGAUCAACUUUGGUUUAUGGAUACCAGAAUGUGGCUUUUGAGGUGCAGGUAAUGAAGAAUGGGUAUAUAGCUACUGUCACUCUCUUCCAGUCAUGAGGUAUGCUUUUUAUUGCUCCAGAAAAGGGAGCUCUUACAUGGUGUUCUACGGAAGUAUAUGCUCCUUAUCUUCGUCAGCAACCAUGUUAUUAGUUAGAUCUUGUAUAGUGUGUGCUUUGUACAGUGGAGUAUCUCGUAUUCAUGAUGGUAUCUUUCUGUAAAUAAAUGAAGUUAUGAGAAACUUAAUGCCACUUGAAUUACUUUGUUUCUUUUGUGGAUUAAUCACUGGAAGUGGAUGUGGGCCAUGUAUUAUAAUGCAGUUGCUUAAAUGUCAAAACUCAUUCGAUUCUCAAG